CCACUUUCCAAGGCCAAACAAUACCAACGCUCCGGCAAAUAGACUUUCCCAAGCCGACAUACAUUAUGGCAACCUGUCCUGUCCGUUUCGAGUUCCAAUGUGAGAAGGAAAAAUUCACAGCCACCCACAAUAUCCCCCGGAGUCUAGUCACCGCAGACCCCAGCCAAAGCCAAAAUGCCCAAUAUGUCAAAACCUUUAUGGACACCGUCCAGCCAAUCCUGAAGGAGCACGAGCCCGCAGCCCGCGCAGCCUCCAGCACUAAAUGUGGGAUUUGCGGAUCGCCGACCGCCAAGAUCUUAUUGACUCCCAUGUCCUGGCUGCAUAUUGUGGCCGAUCCUUUCAUCAACGUGCUCGCCAACGCGGUCUGCUCCAAGGCAUCGUGUGAGAUGACGACGCGGCAGCAGAUCCAGGAUUUGAUGGCCGUGGCCAGCAACCAAGAUGAUUCUGUACGCCCCGGGAAUGGUGGUGUCAACGUGACCAAGACUACGGAGUUGCUGCCGUGCAAGGUGUGUGGGAAGAUGGAGAAGACCUCGCGAUGUGCUCGCUGCAGGGUGGUGGCUUAUUGUGGGAAAGAGCAUCAGAAGCAAGAUUGGCCCGCGCAUAAGCAGGUCUGCAAAUCGCUGGCUCGGUAG